CCCUCCCUGCCUGCUCGCCUGCCAGGGCUCAUUGUUGGCCCCGGUGACGCGGGCCGGGGCUGGGCCAGGGGGAGGCGGAGGCCGAGGGCUCUUGCCUUGGCUUGCCCCGGGGCGGCGGGGGUCCUCCCUGGCCUCUGGGCCGCCGCCUCCUUGGUUCCCUGGCUGCCUCCUUCCCUGGAUGACGGCUGUGGAUCCCUCUGGGGAGGCAGGCGGGGGGCGGCGGAGGAGGAGGAGGGGCCGGAGGAGGAAGAGGGGCUCCCCGGAGGAGGAGGAAGGCUGGAGGAAGAGGAGGAGGAGGAGGAAGAGGGGCAGCCCCAGCCCCCAGCACAGCCAGCCCCAACACCCCCGGCGCCCGCCAUGCCCAGCAGCGCCUUCGCCCAGCGCCUGGAGGGAGGUGAAGGGCCGGGGGGCGCCCCUCCCGUCCUGGCAGGACUUCUGCUGAGCCCCCCGGAGGAGCAGGAGGAGGAGGAGGAAGGAGAGGCAGACCCCGCCUCUGCCCAGCUCCCCCUGGCCCUCGGGCACCACCACCACCAUCAGCAGCAGCAGCAGCUCUCCCUCGUCCUGGGCAUGCCAGAAGAGCAAGAGAGGGAUGGAGGGGAAGGCCAGGAGGAGGAAGGAGGAGGAGCAGGGAUGGAGCAGGCCUUGGCCUACCCUGCGGGGCCGGGGGAGCCUGGCCCUGCCCUGCUCCUCCUGCUGGAGCCCCCCGGAGGCCCCCCAGGGCCAGAGCUCUAUGGGACCCCCUUCCCCCUGCCUCCCCCUCCAGCCCCGCUCUUGCCAGGGAACCCCUCCCUGGGCACCAUCGGCAGCCACAAGAGGAGCGUCAACAUGACCGAGUGCGUCUCCGUCCCCACCUCCGAGCAUGUGGCCGAAAUCGUCGGCAGGCAAGGGUGCAAGAUCAAAGCCCUGAGAGCCAAAACCAACACUUACAUCAAGACCCCAGUGAGAGGAGAAGAGCCGGUCUUCAUUGUGACGGGACGGAAAGAGGACGUGGAGAUGGCCAAGCGGGAGAUCUUGUCGGCCGCUGAGCAUUUCUCCAUGAUCCGGGCCACGCGCAACAAGGUCAACGGUGUGGCAGGCUCGCUCCUGGGGCCUCCGAACCUCCCGGGCCAGACCACCAUCCAAGUCCGAGUCCCAUACCGGGUGGUGGGGCUCGUCGUCGGUCCGAAGGGGGCCACCAUCAAACGGAUCCAGCAGCAAACCCACACGUACAUCGUGACCCCAAGUCGGGACAAGGAGCCGGUCUUUGAGGUGACCGGCAUGCCCGAGAACGUGGACCGAGCACGGGAGGAGAUCGAAGCCCACAUCACCAUGAGGACCGGCUCCUUCAUCGACAUUAACGCCGACAACGACUUCCAUUCCAAUGGCACUGACGUCUGCCUGGACUUGCUGACCGGCAACCAUUCUGGCCUGUGGUCCAAAGCGCCCAACCCUUCCCGACGGAGCCUGCCCGCCUUCCGCAGCAACAACCACCUUGGGUCCUCGGGGACCGAGCCUUACUUUGACGGGGUGCCCCGCAGUCCUUUCGCCUCGGGCGGGAGCUUCUCGUUCAACGAACCUCCGGGGCCAACGAUGGCUUCCGAUGAGUGCGAUUUUGGCUUUGAUUUCAUGGCCUUGGACCUCACGACUCCCACCGCCAUCUGGUCCCCAUUCGAACCUGCCACUAACCCUCUCCAAGCCUUUGGCAGCUCGUCGUCCUCCUCCUCCAUCAACGGCGUUUGCCAACGACGCAAUAGCAGCCUUAGCGGCACGGCCACCCCACGCCAGUCGCCCACUCUCCCAGAGAUGGAGCACCCAUUAGCCCGACGCAUCCAGAGCGACCCAGUCAACGCCCUCUCCUGGUUGCCAACCCAGGGUUCCCUGUCUUCAUUCUCCAACAGCACGGGCUACUCCUCUUCUUCCUCCUUGCCUGGCAGCGUCUCCGCCACUUCCGGCUCUCCGACGGAUUCCAGCAGCUCCAGUGAUGGAGCCCGCAAAAACUCCCGCGAGUGUAUGGUCUGCUUCGAAAGUGAGGUGAUUGCCGCCCUGGUGCCGUGUGGUCACAACCUUUUCUGCAUGGAGUGUGCAAUGCGCAUCUGCGGGCAGCCAGACCCAGAGUGUCCAGUUUGCCACACGCCGGCCACACAAGCCAUCCACAUUUUCUCAUAGACUCUGCGCAAAAAAUCCUGCAAGUGUGUGGUUUCAAAAAUGAAGAGGACACUGCCGUCAUGCCACAUAGCCACAACAUCUACAUAGUGCCCAUCAUUCAUAUUUGUGGAUGGGAGGAUCCAGAGUGUCCAGCUUGCCACACGCUGGCCAUGCAAGCCAUCCACGUUUUCUCAUAGCCUCUGCGCAAAAACUCCUAUGAGUGUGUAGUGUGUUUCAAAAGUGAACUGGACACUGCCCUCCUGCUGUGUGGCCACAACCUCUUCAACAUGGAGCCCACCCUUCAUAUCUGUGAGGGGGUGGACCCAGGGUGUCCAGCUUGACACACGCUGGCCAGGCAAGCCAUCUACAUUUUCUCGUAGACCUUGCGCAAAAACUCCAAUGAGUAUAUGGUGCGUUUUGAAAGAGAAGAGGACACUGACCUCGUGCCGCAUGGCCACAAGCUCUUCUGCAUGGAGCCUGCCAUUCACAUCUGUGGGCGGGCCGAUCCGGAGCACCCAGCUUGCCACAUGCCGGCCACGCAAGCCAUCAACAUUUUCUCAUAGCCUCUGCCGUUUGCGCUGAUACCCUGAACCUCACUCCCUUUUCCCAAACAUGGCUUUUUGCAAACUCUUUAACUGUUGAUCUCACCCUUUUUUAUCCCCCGGGAAGUGUUUAAGAGGAUUGUCACAGCAGGUGGAGAAGGGUUUUUAUGUAUAUAAAAAGGAUAUUUUACAUGUCGCUGAUUAGAAAAGAUUAAAUGGCCACUGGGGUAGAAAAUAAGGUUGACAGGGGGGACAGAUUGUGUGGUGCGUCUUUGGGUGUGUAUGUGUAACAAAACAAAACAAAAUGCAUGGCAAGGGGUUGGAUCAGAUGGCCCUUGUGGUCUCUUCCAACUCUACGAUUCUACGAAUCCACAGCAGAGAGGUAAAUUUCAAAGAGCGGGCAGGAGGGACAAAUAAACAAAAUCAAGACAUUGUUUACAGAAUAGCUUUAAUUCUCCUCCCAAGUCGGGUGGAGUGACACAUUUGCUGUUCCUCUCCAUGGACUUUCCAAACAGCAGUAUUCCUUAGUCUUGUUUUUAAUUUUUGUUAUUAUUUUAUGGCUAUGAUAAAUCAAGUGAAAAAGAAAGAAAACCCGAAAAAUAGACCGCCUGAGAUCCGGGCGCACUUCUCAAGGAAUGUGACAAGGGUUAUCGCUUUUAUUUUUUUAUUAAGAAAAAAGCAGAUUUUUCUGUUGGUUUUAUUUUUUCGUAUACGGUUCGGUGAAUGUGAGAGUGUGUGUGUGUGUGUGUGUGAGUGAGACAAAGAUAUCUUUUAUUCUUUUUUGGGACAGUGAGACAAAAGUAACUUCUGUCGGUAUCCUGGCCUUCCUCCAGAUCCAUGUAAAAAGAAGAUUUUUGGGGGGGGGGGUUUGCCCCUUUU